AUGACGAAACUUUCUGAAAAUACAGAUACAAUUGUUCUAAACGUUGGCGGAUAUGAAACCUAUCCAAGCACUCUCACAGCCUAUCCCAAUACCCUACUGGGCACAAUGUUUCAAGAACGCAACAAAGAGCUACAAAAACCCACAAGAGAUAACGAAUACUUUUUUGACCGCAAUGCACGCGCAUUCCAUUAUAUCAUGGAAUUUUAUCGCACAGGCCGUCUCUUGUGGAAUGAAACGUCAUCACCAUAUGUAACACGCGAAGAAAUAGAAAUCGAAUUCGACUACUUUCAAAUGCCGCAUUCGUCUUCUGUCCAAAUUGAGAACAACCGAGCAACAAUAGAAGAUGCCGCGAAGCUAGUGGAAGAUUUCACCGAGAUGAUGAAAAGCGUGAUUGAGGAGCUUCGUAAAAAUUUCCGUACGAAAAUUUGUAUCACCUUCCCUUUUUUGAAACUGGAUGUUUUUGCGAUCGAACCGGAUCUUGGGAAGAUAAAGUCAUUGGUGAAGCCGUUUGUGCAUACUGGGUGCCCGAUUACGAGUCGAUUUGGGGAUAUCAUCAAACAUAAUCUUCAAUUGCAAUUUCACGGUUUAGAGUGUCAUACUAGUGUUGAAACGAUUGAGAAUGAUGUUCUUGUGUAUCAAUGGAAGAUUAUUGCUCCUUUUGCUUUUAAGGCUAAUGAGAUUCUGGCGAAGACUAAUUUGAAGGAUCCGAAUGCGAAAGAAUUCUAG